GGCCACCGGGGCUGCCUGUCACAGGCGCCCGCUUCCCACCCCUCCUCGCCGGUCUGAGGGGCUGCCCGCUGGAGGCCGGCGCUCUGGCAGUCCGGGGGAGGCUCUGCGAGGGGCCGGUUGCAUGCACGCUCCCGGGGAGCAGCCGCGGGGCGCUGGGGAAGAGGCGGCGAUGCUGGGCGCGUCGCGCGGAGCCUGCUGAGUGACUUGCCCUGGGGCAGUGGCCGUGCGCCCCGGGGAGCGCAGCAUGGCACCCGGAGCCUCCCCGCGCUAGUCUCUCUCGGGGAGCGCAGCCCGCCUAUGCGCUGCCCAGCGCGGCUCCUGAGCGGCUGGGCAGAGGGGCACCCCCGCGCGGCGCUGGGGCUCGACUGGCGGGGCCCGGGAGCAACCCCCGCGGCGGUGCCCGUGCGCUGAGCCAUGCUGCCCGGCGUGCAGGCGGGCAUAUGGGACAGCGCCUGAUCUGCUGCCUCGAUGCGCCCAGCGCCCUGCAGCCGCCGCCGCUCCUCCCGGUGAGACGGAAACUCCUGCUGCUCUGCAUCAUGCUCUUCCUCUGGCUCUACAUGUUCUACUCGUGCGCCGGCUCCUGCGCCUCCGUGCCCGGCCUCGCGGGGAGGCCCGCUGCCGGGGCUGGGGAGGCUGCCGCCACCGCUGGAGCGCACGGAGAGGGUCUCCAGGUGCUUUCCAAGUUGCUGCGCCGGGCGCCAUCCGGAGGAGCCAUGGGGCUGGCGGGUUCCGCCGCGGCUUCCCCCUCGGAGCCGCGAGAGGAGCAGAGCGCGGCCCCCGACCCCACCAGCCCCAUCUCCAGCUUCUUCAACGGCUCCGGCACCAAGAAGCUGCCGCAGGCCAUCAUCAUCGGGGUGAAGAAGGGCGGCACGCGGGCGCUGCUGGAGUUCCUGCGGGUACACCCCGACAUCCGGGCCGUGGGGGCCGAGCCCCACUUCUUCGACCGCAACUACGAGCAGGGCUUCGCCUGGUACAGAGACCUGAUGCCCAGAACCCUCGAUGGGCAGAUCACCAUGGAGAAAACCCCUAGUUACUUUGUCACCAAGGAAGCACCUGCUCGAAUCUCCGCCAUGUCGAAGGGCACCAAGCUCAUCGUGGUGGUGCGGGAUCCCGUGACGCGAGCCAUCUCCGAUUACACGCAGACUCUCUCGAAGAAGCCCGAUAUUCCCACCUUUGAGAGCCUGACCUUCAAAAACAGGACUACAGGCCUGAUCGACACCUCGUGGAGCGCCAUCCAGAUCGGCAUCUACGCCAAGCACCUGGAGAACUGGCUCCUCUACUUCCCCAUUGGGCAGAUCCUCUUUGUCAGCGGGGAGAGGCUGAUCAGCGACCCCGCUGGGGAGCUGGGCAGGGUCCAGGACUUUCUGGGCCUUAAGAGGAUCAUCACGGACAAACACUUCUACUUCAACAAAACCAAGGGCUUCCCCUGCCUGAAGAAAGCUGAAGGCAGCAGCAAACCCCACUGCCUGGGGAAAACGAAAGGCAGGACCCACCCCAAUAUAGACAGAGAGGUGGUGCAGAGACUGCGGGAGUUCUACAGGCCUUUCAACAUGAAGUUCUACCAGAUGACUGGGCACGACUUCGGCUGGGACUGAGGCUGGCACGACAGUGUCUCCUUGUAAUUACCCCAUGGUGCAGCUUGCUUCUAUAAAGAUAUGUGUGUGUGUGUAUGUAAAAUGUACAGAAAUCUAUUUUAUAAUAAUUUAUUUUUAAUUUUUAAGUAAUUAAUUCACUAAGCUGCCUAACCACACUGUCUAGAAUAUUAGCCCAUAACCUUUUUUUUUUUAACAUUCCAUGGUGUUUAAUUCUAAUAUUGGUCUUUUUAUUUUGUUUGGUUUAUAAUUGAUGGUGCUUCCAUUUACCUAGAGGAAAUUAGUAUUAAAAGGAAGGGGGGGGGGUGGGAAAGCACAAUUUUAUUUUCGUUACGGGUAUUAGGCCUUUAUAAACAUUUACUUGUCAUCUUCCAACUCCCGAGUAUCUGUCUCCCUACCUUUUGCAUGAGAUCUGUUGGCCCAUCAUCACGUUCCCUCCUGCCUUCCGAAUAACAGUCGGGGAGGGAGAGGCUGUGCUGCUCUUUGAAGCUCAGAUGCUGAGGCCCAACACAGCAGCUGCUUUACAGGGGCGUUAUAAUGUGCAAAAUCCAUCAGUAUCCACACUCCCCAGCCAUACUGCUGCUGGGAGACUUCUGCUUGCUUCUGUUUCCCCAAGUGUUGCUUGGCACAUAAGGUGCGCCUUUGGAAAAGAGCACCAAUAGCAUGAGAUUUUGCUGCAAGGGGGGAGCAGUCUUAUUAGUCUGUGUUUUUAUUUUUAUUUUUUUUAUUUAAACAAGGAGAAUCUCCCCCCUCCUGGCCCAAACCGGUUUCCUGGGUGGGGACUCUAUGCAUUUUUAAAAAAUGUGAAGUGCUGGGUGGAACUAUGUUGUAGUAAAUGAAAUUCAGCUCCUCCAUGUAUACACUCGCCUUGUAUGGAACCCAUUUUAAAACGCACUAGAGGCAAGCAUGCAGGCAGCGCAUCUGCUUUGACACACCAAAGAAAUCAAUAGAACCAGAGGAGCCAUUAGCAAAAGCCAGGGGAUGAGUCUGUCACUGAUUUAGUGUCCCCCGAGGAGUGGGUAGGGGACACUGUGAGUCCAUGCACAGCUGGGGAUCUGAGGUAGUUCACCAAUGCAAUGAUUUGUGGGGAUGCGUGAGGGGGGGCUUCAGCCUUAUUCCCAUUUGAUGUUGUCUUGUCCACCUUACAUUUUGGUCUAAUACUUCAUCAAGAGUCUGUCCAGAACAGGCCCCUAUCUGGAAUUGGAAGGGGAUGUUACCAGGCAGGAUUUAAAUGAAUCCAUAGAACUACUUAGGGAUACUUGCAUAGUACUUGCCUACAUCUACUGCCACUGGUCUCUCAUUUCACAUGCAGUACAUUCACCCCAAAUACUUGGAAAAUAAGACCCUGAAUCACACAGGGCUCUGAUAUUAGUCAAGACCGCUCUUUGCUCAGAGGUGUAACUGUUGAUCAUUUAAAUACAUAAGCGAUGAUGGGACAACCAGUUAAAAUAAGAACCCAACAUGUUGCCUGUAGUUUUGAACCAAACACUUUUUGAGGAGCUGAGCUGUUCAGAAGAGUGUUUCUGAUGUCAGGCCAGGAGUAGAACCAGAAAUGUUGACCCACCCCCAGAAUAGCUAUUCUUGCAGAAUUUACAGCCCUGGCAGAAGCUAGCAGUGAGUGAAUGAAUGAUUCUCCCUAGAAUGCUGGCCAAAUUUUGCAGGCUUAGGUGGUGUGGAUAAUCUCCACAAACUUUGAGUGUCUAUCCUCACCACCUGAGGUUCACCCAUCUCUAAUGGACCUCUUAGUGACUAGGGUAACUGCAGAAAAUCCUGAUCCUAAUUCCCAUUGAAUUUAAUUAAAGCAGGGCUAUCCCAUCGUUCCAGGGCAACUACAGGGUACACAUGGCUGUUUUUGACUUCAGUUUAACCCUGAAUGUAGAUUAAACAAGCUAUUAAUUGCACCUUUCAUAGCGUGCAGGAAUGUCUAUAAAUACUAUGUAGUGGGAGCAGCAAGGUAUUGGCUAAAUAAACCUUAUGACAUUACUGUGUAAAUAAACAAGUACUUGCAUAAUAUAUGUGCAGUGUAAUAAAAUGCUAGACAACUGCAUGUAUAAUGCUACAGCAAUGGGUAAAAGAUACAUGAUUUCAUUAUGUUGAUAUGUUGGUUUCAUAUGUGUCACCAGUAUACCUUAGCACCAGGCUGAAGACGCUAGUGGCCACCCCCCCGGUCAGCAACCCCUCCAUUUUAAUACCAGAUUACUAAACAAUACCCAGCUGUGGUGGUGGUUGUCAUAUAGCAUUCCUCAGAUGUUGCUUUUACUUUAACAGCCUCCUUGCUCUUGUUUUGUCCUAUACAGCUGUCCACUACAGCUGCUUAAUGAUGGACGUGCAGAUGCAAUAACUUUCCUUCCGAACCAUUCAGUUAACAGGCCCAUGUUGCUCUCGCUUGGUCCAGCUCUGAUCUCACUUACACUAAUGGUACUGAGAGCAGACGCCAGCCCUCUGUCUCUGUAACAAUGAGAUUUGCAGUAAAAUGCUGCCCCUUGAAAUGUGGAUGGAUCUGCUCCCAUUCCAAACCCAAGGGGUGUUUAGUUUAAUCUAAUGACUAACAGGGAAUUCUAACUUGUUUACAAGAGCAGUGUAAUGUCAUGGCAAGUAAAGGUAGAUACGGAGUCAAAAGGUUCCCCUGACCCAGCUCCCCUAUUUAUCAAUGCCACUGGGAAAUGUGUGGGAGGGGGCCAUACCCAGGUCAGUGGGAGAGGAGAACGACAGGUAUAUGAGAGCACCCUCAAAUCCCAGCCGGGUGAGGCAGGGGGAUACUUAGCACUUUGCAGUAUCAAGCUCUAUAAUGACAGUCUAAUUUCGGUUGGUUUUGGAGCAUGGUGCAACCUUUGAUUUGUUUUUUCCCCCAAGCCUUUCCCACUCCAAGGAAAGGUGAAAUCUCGCCCGUGAAACAGUAUUGUUUUGCCAUAGGCAGUUCCAUCAGCCGAUUGACACAUUAGCCAAUACUGUGGCAAGCCACAAUAGAGAGUGUGGCAUCUUCAUUACUGCAGUGCAGAGGGAGCCCUGGGUUGCAAAACAGAUGAAAAUUCAAGGGGCAUUUGGAUGUGUGUGUGUUUUGGGCCCAGGCUUUCACCAUGGACUGCAGGUCUUGGGGUCCACCUCUACUACUGAGUGAUAAAUAGACUAGCAUAUUCAAUUUACCAUAAGGGCCUGCUAACUUGAGGGUCUUGAAUGAUUGCAGAAAAAAGCUUUAGAUCUUGUAAAGCAGCAUCCUAGGACACUAGUUAUCCUAGAACUUGAAUCCCUGUUUCUUCCUACUGCAGAACUUGUGCAGUGUGUUGCAUUAAGCCUUGUAUCUGGUGGCCCUGCAUGGUCAGGAAGAAAUAACUCUCCAGCUGUUCACUCGGCUUUUAUGAAACCAGGGUCACUUUCUGGUGAAGUGACAACAUUGUCCAACCGUGUGAUCCCAUUUCUUCCAGUACUUGGCAAACUUCAGGUAUUUAUCACUUUGCCAUUUCUUCAUUUCACCUGUUUCCUUAGGUUGUUUUAAAUAUACUGGAGGAUUUAGGUGUCCUGAUCUCUCUGUAUAUUGCUUUCUUUGUAACAAUUUUUGAUCUCCUGAUGUCUUUCUCAACUGUACAAAAUUCACCAGGCUGUUGGCUUAGUUGGUAUAAUCAAGCCUUGGUACUGAAUGGUUUCAUGAGGCAACCAUGUUGGAUUAUAGAAAUAUAUGGUGUUUGAUACUCUGAAUACCUUAAGCAAAUUGCUAAUCCUAGCUGAACAGCCUUUGUAAUGAAGUUUAUAUGAGACCAAUUAAUAUAAAAGGCCUUACCUAAGCAAUAUGGCAACCAAGAUUGGAUUCCCUGUAGUAUGCAUCUGGGUUGCUAAUAAUGGACUCAAUGCUAUCAUCAUGUUUUGUUUUCUUCAAGAAGGAUAAACCAUUAAACUCAGAGGUGUGGUUAGAUUUUCUUUUUUCACAUUGUAACAUUAAUUUAUGGCUGAGUUUCAUUCAGCCCUGUAUUCAGAAGUGCAGUACAGAUAUUAGCGAUGUGUUGUCUGUAACAUGGUACUAUAGAAUAGCCAAUUUGUUUUUAAAAAAAUUAAAAAAUUGUAAAUCAAGUAUUUUGUGGUAUGUACAACACAAAUUAAUUUUACACAGAGAAAGAUGUUUCUAGGAAAAUGAAAUUCUGAUAAUUCAUACUAUUUCUUUGUAUGAACAAAUAAAAUAUAUUUUACCAAA